UUUCAACUUCCGCCUUACUAUCUGUAAUUUGUAGCCUAUUGUUAGCUAGUUAUUUUCAAUUUGGGGCACGAGACUUGACAAAUUUUAAAAAAGAUGACGUGGAUUAAAAAGUUUGAGAACCGCUGUUCUAGACUGUCUUUUUUACUAUUUGCCAGUACUGCUUAAUAUAGUUAUUACUGCUAUCGAUGUCUUGUAUUCAGAGAGAAAUUCCCUCUGCAUGAGCGGACUGUAGUUCAAUACACUUUCUUUCAGUACUGUGUGUUUAAUAAUUACUGUUGUAGAUUCUACGUAGCAAGCUUAAAUACGAGUAAAUUGUCAAUCUCUAAAAUUUUGGGAUAGUGCUGUCAUUCGGUAUAAAUUGAUUUCAUAUUUUAUACUACCAGUAGUAGUCAAUGAAGCGUAAAAUAACAGAAUUGGAACCACUCGUUUUUGAUGACAUUGUUUUGACCCAAUAAUGUUAUAUCGAACUGAAGUAGACCAGGUGUUGAAUUUCAAUUUAAUGCCUGUUUUUUUGCAAUAUUUGUGGUCUAUUUAAUCCUAAUUUGUUUUCAUUGGGUUAGUAUCCUACCUAAAACUUAGGCUAGAAUAGUUAUGGAAAAAUAAUCAAAUUGUCAGCCAAGCUUGCAUGUUUUUGUGCCCUGCGCUCGAGGAUUCCUCCUUGGGGAGAAAUUUUUCACUGGGGAAUGAUGGCCUAGCGUUUUUACCAACUAUUGAGCAUCUUUAUUUUGUUCGGUCAGAUGAUGUCAUCUUAUACUGUGACUGUUCUAUUACAGAUUCUAAAUAGGUUUUACUUGCUAUGCAAACAUGAAUUGUAAUUUCAAAGAUAAAAUUGUUCUUAUAACUGGAGCAUCAAGUGGGAUUGGUGCUGCAACUGCACUUCUAUUUGCUGAUCAUGGCAGCUCAUUGGCUAUCACUGGUAGAAAUCGAAUAAAUUUAGAAAAAGUUGCUAAAGAGUGCAAAUCUAAGGGAGCCAAGGAUGUCUUGACCAUUAUAGCUGAUUUUGUUAAUCUGGAGGAUGUUAAAAAAGUCGCAGAUGAGGUGAUAAAAACCUUUGGGAAAUUGGAUAUCUUAGUCAACAAUGCAGGAGUUAUAACAAAUGGAAAUUUAAAAGAACUGACUAUGGAAGAUUUCGAUUGGCAAUUUCAAGUCAAUGUUAAGUCGAUGGUGUAUUUAACACAACUAUUGAUGCCAGAAUUGGUAAAAAGAAAAGGAAAUAUUGUCAAUGUUUCAAGCAUUUGUAGUGUUUGCCAAUAUCCGGGAGUUUUGAUUUAUAAUAUGACAAAGUCUGCUGUUGAUCAAUUUACGAAAACCAUAGCAUUGGAAUACGCUCCAAGGGGGGUCAGAGUGAAUGCCGUCAAUCCUUCUAAUAUAUGGACUGAGAUUAACAGGAACAAAUCUGGUUGGGACUCAGAAACGGUGAAAAAGUUCUAUGAAGACAGAGCGAAGGUGCAUCCAAUCGGUAGAAAUGGUACAACUGAGGAAGUAGCCAAUGCCAUCUUGUUCUUUGCAUCAGAAAGUUCUGCCUGGACAACAGGGCAAUGCUUAUUGCUCGAUGGUGGAAGACGUUUAGCUGUUAAUUGAAAUGACCAUGAGAACUGUUUUAUGUUCAUGUCAAUGAGCAUUUACUGGCAUAUUAUGAUGUAAUAAUUCUAUAUAAUAUCAGCAUUUCUUGGCAAUUCAGCAGUUCACAGAGAUGAGUCUUCUUUUCUUUUAUGUUAUAGAUAUUUUCUCUGUUUUGAGCAGAUUUUUUUAGCAAAUAUUUUGGAAUAUUACACUGCUAGUAUUGUUAAUACUUUCUUGGCAAUUCAGCAGUAACUUUUCUCAGAGAUGAGUAUUUUUUACUCUUUUGUUGGGGCACUUUGAGAAAAAUAUUUUUGUUGUAACAUUUCUUUUCCUUUAUAUCAGGUUGGCUCACAUAUAAGUAGCAAAAUUAACUAUCCUUUUUAUGGUACUACUUUGUUUCUAAUAUCCAGAAGUUGUAUGUUUG